AUGGCUACGUCAGCUGGCAAUACCAGCGACAAAGACGACGCCAUUACCAUGGCCUCACCUUCUCUCAACGCCGCCACCCCAACCCCGGCGGCACCCACCCUCAACACCUCCAAACCCCUUCCUCCUCGUCCCGGGACGACAAAGACUGCGGCGACCAAAUUCGCCGCCAGCACCACUCCCAAGACCAGCACCCCCCUCCCCUCCGUCUCGGCUGCCCCCAAGAUCAAGAUCAAAACCAAACCGGGCGCCAGCAUCUACAGCAAGCCCCUCAUGCUGACCACCUACGACAAAUACGUCCUGGGCUUCAGCAUGACCCACCUCUGGCGGUGCCCCUCCUCCGCCGUUCUCGUGCCUUUCUUCCGCCAGAACUUUCGGGCCGGGAAGCACCUGGACAUGGGGUGGGGACGGGUUUCUUCACUUGCUAAGGACGAGGAUCUCAUGCCACUGGAGAGGGACCCGGAUAGGAAACUGGUCCAGCCCAGGGUUGACAUCACGCUGAUGGAUUUGAAUGGCAAGGCGCUUGAGAUGGCUAGAAAGAGGGUUAUGGGGGUUGUUGACAAGUGGAAAGCGAGGGUUAACGUGAGGGACGAAAACGGUAACGGCAAAACCGGAAAGGGCAAGAGCGGAAAGGGUAAAAACGGUAACGGCAAAAGUGCCCCUGCCGACAACAUGAACAACAUGCCCAUCCUCGGCAAGCCAGCCCGACCGAAAGCCAACGUGUCCAUCAGCGUCACCACCAUCCAAGCCGACGUGCUGGACGAGUCACUCACACUUACCGGACCCGGCGGCAGCAAGCUUUUUUCCGACGGUCCUGACAUGGACACGGAUUUCGACUCUGCCUCAAACUCGGAUGGAACCUCCAGAUCCAAAUCCACCAUCUCGAGACACUCUUUCCAAUCCGUCAGCAUGUUCAACCUCCUUCACUGUCUUCCCUCUGCUCCUUCUUCCGACCCCGAAGAUCCGCAUGGUAGCCACGGCCAAGAAAUUAAAAACCGCACCUUCAAACUCGCAGCCGAGUGUCUAGCCGAUGACGGAGUCCUAGCUGGUUGCACGAUCCUAGGUCGGAAGUACAUUUCAGGUGGCUCUUCAUCCAUGUCUCGCCCGAGUUCGUCCGGCACGGGAUCGGGAUCGGGAUCGGGAGUAAAGAAAAACGGAAAGAUCAAGGGUGCUCAAGCUGUACAUGGACGUACAACAACUGGAAAGAAACCGUCGGCUUGGAGCAGAGGCAUGACGUGGUCAGUCAUGAAGUGUUACAAUGCGACUGGAGUAUUUGGAAACUGGGCAGAUGAGCGGGAGAUGUUUGAGAGGGGAUUGAGAGAGAAUUUCGAGUUUGUGGAGACGCGUUUGGUGGGUUGUAUGUUGCUUUUUAAUGCGAAGGGGCCGAAGAGGGGUGUGGAUGUGGAUGUUGACGUGGAGUGA